CACACGCAUUCAGUGAGAUCACAUCCUUACGAGCCGAGUAUUGCAGUUGCCAGCGAGACGCUAGUAUUUCUUGCUGAACCUUUUCCAGAUUCCCGACUCAUGGACCCCGUUUAGGAUAUAACGUUUCAUGUUGUUAAAUCGGGAAGCUGUGUAGGUUUCUGUUUCUUUAUUCUCUGAAAUCGUAGCCAGAAUGUCAGCUCACAGUGUACGAACUUCUGUAACAAUGUGGGCGAGAAACGAUUUCGAAGAUGGAUAUGAUGCCUUUAAAACAGGCUCCAACACAUCCUCACCUGGCUGGGUACCUGGCUGUGAGUCGGCAUGGCAGACCGGCUCGGUCACCACUGGCAGCAGUAACCGUGGAAGACGCCACAGCACAGCCUCGGAUAGUGGUGACACCGGAAUUGGCACGUCUUGUUCUGACAGUGUGGAAGAUCACUCCAGCUCCAGCACUACGCUCUCCUUCCAGCCGUUGCGCAGCAGCAGCCUGAGCGUGGGCAGCGGGCCCGGCGGCAGCGGCAGCUCCAUCCCCACGGCGCACGUCAUGCCCUCGCCCUCGUCGUCCUGCUCCAAGCUCGGCGUGCCCGGCCUGCUCCUCUCCUCCUCGUCCGUCUCCACUGCGUCCUCCUCCCUGGGCGGAGUGGGCGGCGGGACCAGCGGCGGCGGCGUCUGCCCCUGGGGCAGCAGCGGGCAGCUCCUGGCGUCCCCGUCCCCGCUUCACUCGCCGCUGGACAUGCGGGACCCGCGGCCGGUCCGGCGGUGGUCGUCUCUGACGCGGCUGAGCGUCGGGGGAGAGAAGCAGUCCGGGCGGUGGUGUUACCGGAUCCCCGACUCGCACGGGUCCCUGGACCGCGGACUGCUGCACGGCUACCGGCUCCACGAGUCGCAGAGCUCGGACGGUUUCCUGCUGCUCGGCCGCUACGACACGCAGCCGUCCGGCGGGGGCGGUAUUGGCGGAGGCGGCGGAGGCAGCGGUAGCUGCAGCCGGACAGACUCGUGCAGGUCGUCCCCGCUCAAGCCCAGCACCCUGGACCUCAACUACAGCGCCCUGCCCGAGAGCAAGCAGCCGCACGCGGGGCCGGCGGUGGCCAGCCCGGGCCUGCAGGGCGGCGGGCAGAGAGGCGGCGUCGGCGUGAGCGUCGGCGGGUCGCCCAUCCAGCCGGCCGUGCGGACUCAGAUGUGGCUGAGUGAGCAGAUGGAGUACCGGCCCGACGGCUGCGGAGGAGGACUGGCGCUGGGCGCCUGGCAACAGGAGCAGCAGCAGAGGGAGAGAAUGCGGCAGGAGGCCGAGUACACACAGAUGCUAGGGGGCACUGCAUUGCCUGUCAACACGCUGGUGAAGAUCAAAGAGGGGCUGCUCAGGCAGAGAGAGCUGGAGAUUGACAGACAAAAGCAGCAGAUCCUGCAGCUGCACGCCAGAAUACGGGAGAAUGAGCUGAGAGCGCAGCAUGUCCUCCACAACCAGAGGGGGCGCUGUGAGGAGCCCUACUUCCUCAAACCCAAGGAGUGUGUAUGCGAGGGUAGCCCUGUGGCCCAGCAGCAGCAGCAGCAGCCGGCAGUGUCGCCGAUGUCUUCGGUAGCGGCGCUGGAGCGCCUGAGCCCGCUGUGCGGGUCAGGAACAGACGGGGCGGAUAUGGGCCGGCGCCUGGCCACCGCUGAGCUCGAGGUGCUCCACCUCAACGAGUUCCUGCGGCAGAACACGCAGAAGUACACAGAGGACAUCAAGAAGCUGGAGGAGAAGAUGAAGACGCGAGACCGCUACAUCAGCAGCCUGAAGAAGAAGUGUCAGCGUGAGCAGGAGCAGAAUCUGGAGAAGCAGCAGCGCAUCGAGACGCUGGAGAAGUACCUGGCAGACCUGCCCUCGCUCGACGAAGUGCAGAGCCAAGCCCAGCAGCUGGAGGAGGUGCGUGGGAAGGCAGAGGCACUGCAGGAGCGCGUGAGUGAGCUGGAGAGGAGCGUGGAGGAGAGCCAGGCGCUCCUGCGCGAGAAGGACGAGCAGAUGACCGUGCAGGGCGGCCGCGAGCUCGAACUGGUGGCCACCGUACAGAGCCUGCAGGAAAAGGUGGAGCAGUGUCUGGAGGAUGGCAUACGCUUACCAAUGAUGGACCUGAAACAGCUGGAGAGGGAGAACGCCAAGCUGCAGGAGCAGCACACACACAGCAGUGUGCUGAUUGACAAUCAAAAGAAGCAGAUUGAGAAGCUCACGUUAGAGUUUGCGGCGGUGGAGCAGCACUUGCAGCAGGAGAAGGGUGUGUCUCAGGCACUGCGAGAGCAGCUUCUGGACAAAGAGGAGGACGUGCAGGCCCUCAACAAAACCCUGCAGGAGAACCAGAGGCAGUUGGGCGAGGACUGUGUGUUGCGGUCAAGUUCGGGGACGCCGGCACAGGAGUCCGGCCCCCUGUUGAAGGAGAUGUCCCUCUGCCUACUGGACCUCAAGGCGCUCUGCAACAUCCUCACGCACCGCGCCCAGGGCAAGGAACCCAACCUCACUCUGCUCUUAGGAAUCAAAUCGAUGGGUCUGUCCGGCGAGGAGAUUGAGUCUCCGGAGGAGGACGGCCUGCGGGCGAAGCUGCGCGAGGUGUGUCAGCUGCGGCAGGACAUAGACGAGCUGCGCACACUCAUCUCCGACCGCUACGCCCAGGACAUGGGCGACAACUGCGUCACGCAGUGACCACCCCCCCCCUCCAAAUUUCACUCCCAUCAGCCUCCUCCUCAUCUUCAUCUCCUGUGCUCCUCCGUCUGCACCCACUCUCCCCUUAUCCUCAGGGUGUUAUUUUUGUUUGAUUUGUGUCUGUUUUGUCUGAUUUUGGUCAUUUUCUUUGUGUAUAUGUGUGUGGAUUUGAGUACAAAGAGACCCAGUACAAAGAAGGGAAUAAAAAGUCACACCCCGAGAGAGUGAGAGAGAAAGCAGAGAGAGGAACUCCUUCAUGUCCACUGUAGGUUCUGACAAGUGGACCUUUUCUCCCGACUACUGAAUGUUGGACUAGGCUGUGAACAAGUUUUUUUUUUUUAUUAUUAUUACUUUUUAAUUUCACAAGGGACGUCAAGCUUCAGCUUUACCACUUGGAAUCUGGAGCAGAAAGGGUUAAUAUAUGUCACCCUUUCAUUUCCUGCUUUGGGAAUGUGAGUUCUUUUUAAGUUUUUGCAUUGUACAGUAUUUCUGCCUCUGUUUUUAUAAGUGUUUCUGUUUUACAUUGGACUUGUAUUUAUUGACAAUUGAGGAUUAGAUAUAUCUAUUGGUGGAGAGCGUUUUGAUCCCACCCAGUAUGUCUGUCUCUGAAGAAAUUAAAUUGUGGGAAAUGUAGUCUUUUAAAAGCCCUUCUUAAUGCAGUCUCACUGGCCAGUAGGGAAACAAAUACAUGAAAUGCAUGUACCAGUGCUAUUCUGUAAAGUGCCUCACAAAGUCAAAGUCCUCUUAUCUCCCUCCCAUCUCACUAUUGGUCAUCCACUGAGGAACACUGUCGCCAUGGUUUCCCCUCCAUUAGGUUCUCUCCGCUUGUGUUCACAGUCGCAGGUCGACGUGGAAACAUGUCUCUCCUCUCACCAAAUCACUAUUUCCUUCCUACAUGUUUCUAUACUCCAGUGUUCCAUCACUGACCCGUGUGUGUGUGUGUGUGUGUGUGUGUGUGUGCGUGUGUGUGAGUGUGUGAGGCUGGCUGGCCACUGGGGUUUGAGAUAUUGGAUAGUUGUGUAAGCAUAAAAGGGAAAGCGACAGGAAAGCAAAAAUCUUCAGUCAGUUCAGACAGGGGUUGUGACCAUGCUCUGUGAUAUUAGCAGUAAGCCAACAACCCCACUGAACACCAGGUCUUUUGUAAAAAAAAUAAUAUUUCUGAUAGUGUUAGUACCAAUAAUCAGGAAAUGUUUUAGUGAUACAAAUAGCUUUGGUUACAAAAAUGAUAAUAAUACUUUGGAUAGUCUAUAUCCAUUUUUUUUUAUUCCAAAGACAUCUGACGAGGAAAUAAGUCUAUGAGGAAAAAAUAAGAUAAAUUGUUUUAGAUGCAUUUGUUACAUUGACCUCACAGAGAUAAUCUAAAUGGAAAAGUAUCAGUCAUAAGGUCAUUGCACCAUCCUCUGUAACUGGAUGUAUAAUUUUUGGUUUGUAACGACAACCAUGUCUGCUAGCAAUGCAAAUAUUGAUAUGUAUCAAUAUGUAUGAUUUUUUGUUUCCUCAGGUAUUUUAAAUAGACAGUAUUAUCUGCACCUGUAUUGGUGUUCUACUACAGAGAUCAUUUUAACUGUCAAGGUUUUUACAUUGACUUUUUUUGUACUUACCUUAAAUUUACUCCACAUCAGAAGUCGCACGGCAUUUCAGCAAAAAACAUCUGGAAUUAUUGUGAUAAUUGUUCGGGCAAAGCCAUUACAGCCCUCAAUAUAUUUGUGUCCGUCAGUGAAAUAGGAUUUUUUUUAAGAGAUUCGGUCAUGACAACCUUUUGCAUCAUUAUUAAUUGUUGUUUUGCAAAUGUGAUGAAUGUCAUGCAUUUGGAUGUUUUAUUUGUGUUUUCAAGAAUUACCAAGGUAGUUUGCUGUUGUAUUUACAUAGCAAUAGGAAUGGCCCUUCACUGGCUUCUUUUGCAUGUUUUGAUGAAUGUUAUCCAAAACAAAUGACGGUCUCAAUAUGUUUUUGAAGAGAAAAAAAAAAACUAACGUUACUGUGCAUGUUAUUGUAAACCUGUGCUGUAUUUCUAGUGUCAAACUGAUUGUAAAGAAUUAACUGGAUUUGGACUGAUGUAAUGGUGGGAAAAAAGGGACUUCAAAACACAAAGCGUCUCGCACACAUAAUUGCACCGUGCUAUGCAACUUUCACAUUUACCAGCGAACGUCAGAUGAGAUGGGGUUAGCUUUUUUGGUGCCUUUCACAAAUCUAUGCAGCAGAGAGACAGACUUCCCAAACUGACAUGGCUGUUAUUACGGGCUGUGUGUUUUCACAUUUGUUUUUAUAUGAGGAGAAAUGUAUUGUGUUAACGCUUACAGAAAUCAGGUAUUAACCUCUGAGUGGAGCGCACUCAGGUCUAUAAGGUUCAAGCCCUGCUAAGCUUCUGCUUCAGUUGAGUAGUCAUCAGAGUUUACUCUGUUGUACUACCUGUUUCAAGGUUUAUAUGAUAUAUUUCUGGGGAGCUGGCACAUCCACCGCUGGUAACCCAAAGUAAAAAAAAAUGGCAUGAAACUUGGAGCCAUGGCCAUGGCCACAAAGAUUGCAUAAGCACUCAGGUUUAUGCUGGCUGUGGUCAGGUCUCAGAGCUGGAAGAAUAUAGAACAUAGAAUAUAGAACAUGACUAAAUGGUGGAAAGGGGUGGGGGGGGUUCAGCAUCAGGUUGCUAUGGCCGAUUCUCGCUGCACUGUGGACUGACUUUAAGCCACUGGCUGGCUUACUUUAAAUGUUGGACACUUCUUUUUUUUUUUUUUUUUUUUCUUACAUUUGUUUAUAGAUUGUAAUUUGUUUUUGGUGAGUUUUUUUUUUUUUUUUUUUUUUUUUUUUUUUUUUUCAGCUAGAUUUUACAAAUGCCAAAGUUCUAUUUAUAUACGAAUUUCAUAGAGUAUUAACAAGUAUUUUUCCAUUUUGUAAAACAGUUUUUGGCCCUUUUUAUUUGUACAGAUGGUAAAUAAAAAUAUUUUUCUAAAUAA